AUGGAGGACACAAUGAAGCCUCAUGUAGUUUCAUCGGAGCCACUGGAGAUUGGAGAUGCUAAAUGGAUGACGUUGGUCAAACCUGACCGGACGUUUAGGAUCAAGUACAGAGACGUGGAUGGUAAAGACCGCGUCUGGGAAGGAGUUGAGAGAAAGACACGCGCAGCAGGCAGCUCAGUCGACGCGGUGCAUAUCGUUGCCGUGUUAAAGAAAGAAACUGGCCCAGAGCUUCUGCUUCAGCGACAGUUCCGCCCGGCUGUGGGCAAAAUCUGUGUCGAACUUCCCGCUGGACUGCUGGACAAAGGCGAAACCAUCGAACAGUGCGCGAUCCGCGAACUCGCAGAAGAGACAGGCUACGUCGGUACCAUCAAGCCGGAUUCGUAUCCCCUGGUUUCUCCAAGUGUGUCACGCUCAGUCCCUGUCUUGGCUGGCCUUCGAAAGUUGACUCUCCCUAGUUCGUGCUCUGUUAUGGUCCAUGUUGAUAUAGACAUGCAAGCAGAGGAAAAUCGCAACCCCAAGCCGAGCUUGGAAGAAGGAGAGUUCAUCGAGUGUUUCUCACUGGCCUUGACCAGCCUUUACGUCGAAUGUAGGAGGCUAGAGGCCGAAGGUUAUGCUAUCGAUGGAAAGCUCGGGUCUUUGAUAGAGGGCUUUCAAAUGUCCCAGGUGUGGCGGACCUAA